GCUUGCCGAUGGGUGGGGGGCCGAGGCAGGCUCUCCGUUGGCUCAGCAGGCUGUCGCUCUUCGAGGCGCCCGUUGAGGAAGGAGCCCGCCCGUUGGCUGUGUCCUCUGCGUGACCCAUUCACUGGGCUGUCCUCUUGUUGCGCCUGCCUCUUUCGCCUUGCGAUUGGUUAUGGCUCUGCCCUGGUUCCUCUGACUGGCUGUUCUUCUUACGCCGUUUGGGGGGAAGCUUUGCUGUUACGGGCGCCGUGCUGGCGAGUUUUGUGGCUGGUUGCCGUCUAUUGGUUGUUGGUCCGGUCAGUCGCGGCUGGGCGCGGGAGGCGGGCAGGGGCGUUGCUCGCUGACGCGUUUCUGCGGCAGCCGCUCCGCCGCCGGGUCCUGCCGCCUCUCGCUGAGCGCCGCCCUCGCCUAGCUCCGCCCGGCGGCCGGCCUCCGGCCUCAGCUCGCCUCGCCUCGGGCUCGCCCCGCCACCACCAGCAGCAGCGGCGGCAGUGGCGCGCCCCGCGGCAGAGGAGGAUGAAGGUGACCGUGGACUUCGAGGAGUGCCUCAAGGACUCACCGCGCUUCAGGGCAGCUUUAGAAGAAGUAGAAGGAGAUGUGACAGAACUGGAACUGAAACUUGACAAGCUGGUGAAGCUUUGUAUUGCAAUGAUUGAUACUGGGAAGGCAUUCUGUACAGCCAACAAGCAGUUCAUGAAUGGAAUUCGGGACCUUGCACAAUAUUCCUGUAAAGAUGCAUUGGUUGAGACCAGCUUGACAAAGUUCUCUGACACCUUACAGGAGAUGAUCAAUUACCACAAUAUCCUGUUUGACCAGACCCAAAGAUCAAUUAAAGCACAGCUUCAGACUUUUGUUAAAGAAGAUAUUAGGAAAUUUAAAGAUGCAAAGAAACAGUUUGAAAAAGUUAGUGAAGAGAAAGAGAAUGCUCUAGUAAAAAAUGCCCAAGUUCAAAGGAAUAAACAACAUGAAGUAGAGGAAGCAACUAAUAUUUUGACUGCAACACGGAAAUGCUUCCGACACAUAGCUCUGGAUUAUGUUCUCCAGAUCAAUGUUCUUCAGUCUAAAAGGAGAGCAGAAAUCCUAAAGUCGAUGUUAUCAUUCAUGUAUGCCCAUCUGGUAUUUUUCCAUCAAGGAUAUGAUCUUUUUAGUGAACUUGAACCCUACAUGAAAGAUCUGAGUUCACAGCUGGAUCAGUUGGCUGUAGAUGCUGCAAAGGAGAAGAGAGAUAUGGAGCAAAAGCACUCCACUAUUCAACAAAAGGCUGCCUUACAGGAUUAUUCCAGUGAUGAUACUAAACUAGAAUACAAUGUAGAUGCAGCCAAUGGUAUUGUUAUGGAAGGUUAUCUAUUUAAGAGAGCCAGUAAUGCCUUCAAGACCUGGAACAGGCGCUGGUUCUCCAUACAAAACAACCAACUUGUGUACCAGAAGAAGUUUAAGGAUAAUCCCACAGUAGUUGUUGAAGACUUGCGGCUUUGCACAGUUAAACACUGUGAAGACAUAGAAAGACGUUUCUGUUUUGAGGUGGUUUCUCCAACAAAAAGCUGCAUGCUUCAGGCUGACUCGGAAAAGCUGCGGCAGGCAUGGAUUAAGGCUGUUCAGACCAGCAUUGCUACAGCAUAUAGAGAGAAAGGGGAUGAAUCUGAGAAACAGGAAAAGAAAUCAUCCCCUUCCACUGGCAGCCUAGAAUCUGGGAGUGAGACAAAAGAGAAGUUGUUGAAGGGAGAAAGUGCUCUACAGCGAGUUCAGUGCAUUCCUGGUAAUGCUGCCUGCUGUGACUGUGGUUUGGCAGAUCCUCGCUGGGCCAGUAUCAACCUCGGAAUCACACUGUGCAUUGAGUGCUCAGGCAUACACAGGAGUUUGGGAGUCCACUUCUCAAAAGUGAGAUCUUUAACUCUGGAUUCAUGGGAACCUGAACUUCUUAAGCUUAUGUGUGAAUUGGGAAAUGAUGUUAUAAAUAGAAUAUAUGAAGCCAAGUUGGAAAAAGUGGGAAUAAAGAAGCCACAACCUGGAAGCCAAAGGCAAGAGAGGGAGGCAUACAUCAGAGCAAAAUAUGUGGAAAGGAAGUUUGUAGAGAAGCAGCCUGCAUCAGUAUCUAUGAAUGAAUCUGGAACACGAGUUUUGUCUCCAAGUCAGGAAGAAAAAAGGCACAGUGGCCCUGAAAAAUCCCUUCUGGCAGGGGAACAAGGUGCAGCAUCCCAAAAAGCGGUUGCUGUAAGUAGCGACGAGGCCAGGCGGGAGUCUCUCUUCUGUCCUGAUGAACUAGAUUCACUCUUCUCCUACUUUGAUACCUCUUCAAAACUACGUAGUAUACGAAGCAGUGACAGUGGGAUCCAGCCAAGUGCUGAUGACAGCAGAGAACACCUUGCCCCUACUGUGUCAGUUAACAGUUUGUAUGAACCAGAAGGAGAUAAGCAGGAGUCUUCAGUAUUCUGUGACUCCAAACAACCUAAUCCAGGAUUGCAGCUGUAUCGAGCCGCCUUUGACAAGAAUCUUCCUGAUAUGGCAGAAGCAUUGGCCCAUGGAGCUGAAGUAAACUGGGUCAACGUAGAAGAAAACAAAACAACACCACUCAUUCAGGCAGUGCGAGGGGGUUCAUUGGUUACUUGUGAGUUUUUGCUGCAGAAUGGGGCCAAUGUGAACAUCAGGGAUAUGAAAGGAAGAGGACCCUUGCACCAUGCCACGGUUCUAGGACACACUGGGCAAGUGUGUUUAUUCCUAAAACGAGGAGCAAACCAGCACGCCACUGAUGAGGAUGGGAAAGAUCCAUUGAGUAUAGCAGUAGAAGCUGCAAAUGCAGAUAUUGUAACAUUGUUGCGUUUGGCAAGGAUGAACGAAGAGAUGCGUGAAUCGGAAGGACUCUAUGGACAGCCAGGAGAUGAAAUUUAUCAGGACAUUUUUCGUGACUUUUCUCAAAUGGCAUCAAAUAAUCCAGAGAAGCUAAACCGUUUCCAGCAGCCAGAUUCUCAGAAGUCUUAAGUGUCAAGAACCUGAUCCUUAUAGUGCAAGUCCUUUCUUGUUUGUUGUUUUUUUUUACUUUAACAGAAUGAAUUCCAUGCAUUUGGUUAGUUUGGGUAAAAUGACCACUCUCACGUAGCUUUAGAUUGUGGUAGCUGGGGAAGUAGGACUUGGUUUAUGUUCUACAGGAUGUACACCUCAGCAGUUGAAGACGGUGUUAGAAGAAGGAGGACCUACUAGAUGAGUAUGAAAAUAGUUCCUGCUAGCAAGCAUGAAGCUUGUCUGCAGUUUGUACAUAAACCAGAGCAUCGCUGUCUGCAUUGCCAGACUCCGGAUGGCAGGAUGGUCAGACCCCCUUUGCUCUUUGGUGUUGCCUACUGUCUUCUCUUUCCCUUUUGCCAUAAAGAACGUGCCUCUGACAGGGAGGUCUGGGUUGCAUUUUCUGGGAUGGUUUGGAAGGGAAAUCAAGUGAUGACUUCAAGAGUUGUCCUUCUAUUUGUGGGCCUGUAACUUAACAGAUUCUGUUGCUCCUGCUCUGAAUCUGCUUAAAGGUAGGCUGUUAGUAACAAGACACGGUAACUCCUGCUCUUUCACAGUGGAAGUUUUAACACCAGGCUGGCCUUUAUGCUAGUGGCUGCAGGUCAGUCACAGUAGGUAUCUAUCCUGAAGGACCAAAUUUCUAAGAGCAAUCUAUUUUCAGUGUUGUUUCAUUUGGGGUUUCUCUCUGGGCAGCAAGGUUACACUUUUAAAUGAGCAUGUGGAACCUUCCAAGAAACGCAAAUGCAGUCCUUCUGGAAAUGAGAGUUUAUUUGUAGCAUUUGGACCAAAACUUGAAAUUUGACUCGUAAAAGUAACUAUUGACCCAAUGGAGAUUGUGUAGAGCAGUUGUAGGAAGGCUGUUUGUUAUCUUUUUGCUGUUCUUACUACUAGCUCUAAGAUAAACAUAUAAAAUCCCACAUGUAAUGCAACCACCCUAAACUGAGGGCAAUCAGUCCUUUCUAUCAGGAAGCAGCUUCCUUUAUAUAACCUGCAAAGAUAUGUAUAUGCUCAAGAAAAGCUAGGAAUUUUGCUAUGUAUUUUGGCCAAGUAACAAAGGAGAGCAGUCUCCAUCUGUACCUCAGGCAGCAAUGCAGUUCUGUGGUGAGCUGCACUCUGCUGAUGUGCAUGCAUGAAAUUAUUUCAUACCUAGAUAAUCACCUGAAGCCACAAGCCAGCAGGUGCAUUUUUUAAUCCUUUGUCUGCCCUAUGGACAAGUUAAAGAGAUUUUUUUAGGUAAUAUAAUAUCAAUGUGAGGUUUUAAUAAUCCAGAUAUGCCAACCUGCUGUUUAAGUGUAUUUAGGAGAUGAACUGGCUUUUCUCCAAGCUGGCUAAAAUAAGCAAUAAGGUAAAAAACAGAAGUUAAUCCUGUAAACUGUAGUAAAAUACAACUUUCUGGCACAUUAAAUGUUAAAACAUUGUAUUCCAGGUAUUUAUAGUUUUGCAUCAAGUGUAUGAGAAUGCAGCAAAUCUGGAUGUUGGUUGCUGCAAAGUUGUUAAUGUUUUUAGAAUUGUCUAAUAGAUUCUUUUUCCAAGCAGAGGAAUCUUAGAAACCAGUUCUUGCUUUGUGUAGUCUAAUUGUGCAAGGAAAAGCAGAUUCUGCUUUUCCCUAAGUUCCCUUAGUCUGAAAAGUAGGCAAUUUAGGAAUGCCACCUGUAAGCAGUAAUUUCUAGAGAGCUGGUUUUUAAAUUGCUGUCUCUGAAAUGCUGGUAGACUUCCUGCUCUUUAGUGUUUAACAGCAAUGGAUGUUUCAGUAGAUCUUAGAGAAAGCCAAACUCCUUGUGUACAGAGGGGACAGUGUAAAAUACAACUGUGUAGCAUAUAUUUUAGACAUAGGUUUUUCUAAAGAUGGGGGGUUUGUAGCCUACAUGACAGGCAGUGUUUAGUGUGGCUGGCUGUAGUGUAGAGCUGCCUGAAGCUUAAUGGCGUAAUAGCUUAGUCCAUGCUGCUGGAAAACUGCCUGAGAGACCUUUAGGAUCUGUAGUUUCCUUCCUGGCCAUGAAAAUCUGUGACAUUUUUUUGCAGGACAACUUCCUGUAGACAAAAGUUUCUUCCCUGUAGCUCUGCAGAUCUACGUACUGCAUUCCUGAUUGGUAACCUUUCUGGGAAGCAGUAUCAGUCUGUGUAAGGCUAAGGACUAAUGACAUACUUCACCCACAGGUUGUGUGUACCCACUCCUCAUCAGGAGCUCUGGAGUUGCAGGGUUUCAGGGAGUAUGUCAGUCACUUCUGAUACUACAGGCUCAUUCCCCAGUCAUUUAGGCACACUAGGACACCCAGUAUCAACUGCUUUCAGGCAAAGCUCUUUUCAGGUCAGGUGCAAUAUGUGGGAUAUUGCUUAUCUGCAAAAAUAAAUGUGCCAUUGAGUUACAGAAAAAAUACUGAGGGCUUACUCUUAGCUGCUGGCAGGCUCACUGCUCCAGGGUCUCUUAACUCAUGGGAUUCAGCCCUCUGUAAUACAGAGCAUGAUUAUUGCCAGCGCUCUGCAGAUCUGGAACCCAUAUGGAGUUCUGACUGAAGUGCUAAUCUUCUGCUCAGAAAUAUUAGGAAACUUCCAUUGUUUUAUUACUAUAUAAAUCUGAGUAUGACUAAAAUAAUAGACAGUAAGGUUCUGUUGUAGGCUAGCAUCUUGUAUUCUGUACCAGGUAGUGGAAAGCUUCAAUUCUGAUGCAUGUUUCACGUGUGUACGAAAUACACUAAGUCUUAGCUGGUGAGGUUCAAAGUAGUUUAUUCCUGACAGCUUCCAUGUGGAUUUUUAGCCAUUUACUAAACAGCACAUUGAAAGAGUUUUAAGUUUGUUUUUUUUCCUAGCCAGAUUUAGAUCAUGUGCUCCAAAAGUCCCUUGGAAACACAAAUAUCAAGGAGCUCAACAUAUAUCCCAGUGCAUCUUAAUUUCAGAAGUGUAGUUUACUUCUGUUGCACGUCGAGUAAAAUGGCCUGUGGUAUUUCCUUAAUGAUCUCUACUGCUUUGAUUACUCCUAAGAUUUUUCUGCUUUACCUUAAUAUUGGUACAGUGCACAUAAACUUCUGAGUUACCAUAUUAAUUUUUGCCACUGAGUUCUAUUAGAUAUGCUGGAAUUUGUUCCCAUUAAUUUGUGUGACGGUGAUAGAUGAUAGUUUUUGUUUGCUUUCACAAGCUGCACGUAUUGGAGCACAUUUCACUUGUCCAUUAGUAUGUUAUGGACCUCAGCCUUACUUACCAGUUAGGACCUAAUCCAAGAAGUCACUGAAAUCAGUGGCAGGCUUUACACUGAUUUCAGCAGCUUUGGAUUGUGCUUUUCAUGGCAUCUAAUGUUAGUGUGUUGAAGGAUCCUGUGUCACUACUGCAUUUUUCACUCUGUGCUAUUUUAUAUCCUGCCUGUUUAUAUACUGAGCUGAAAAAGUUGUAGAAAAUGCAACCAGACCUUCCAACUGCUGUCAGAAAUCCCCAUACGAGAGGAAGUUUCUCCUGUUCUGCAGCACGACAUCAAUACCCACGUUGUCAGAUCAUCAGAGCUUUCCUCAACAGGUCAGAAUCUUUGCAGCACUCAAGAAAAGUGUGAGAACCAGAAUAAGCAGAAGGUUGCUGCGAUGUUUCCUGGACAUUGGCAUUUCUCUGCAGCCACCUGCUUUAAAGUAUGGAUGUUAAUGCUGCUUCCUGAUCAUGAGAAUCUCAAAUGACACAGCGAUUAUAAAAGGACCAUUUGAAACAGUUAAAGAUUCUGUGCAAGUACUUCAGGACAUGGUGUUUCCACACUGCCAAGACAACUGAGCUGAUCAUUCUGAUGAUUUAACGUGCUGAAAGUAUUUUGAGAGUCCGUUUUGCUAACUACCGUCUCUGCCUCUUCACCUAUGGACACUUUUCCUGAGUUAGUUUAUGCCACUUGUUGGUGCAGCCUGCUGGCCAAAGCCCUGCUGUCUGGCUUGCACAAGAGCACAUCUUUUAAGCAGGGACAACUCCAGAAAAGGUAGUACUGGGGAAAAGGGUUGAACAUACCUCUUUGGUAUAUCCCUUUUCGUACAUUUGCUUUAUCUUUCUACAUAUACAGUGUUUUCUUGUUUCUCUUCCCAUGGAAGGAGAUGAUAAAGGAGGAAAAAUCCCACUCACUUUCUGUUCUCAUCCCACAUUCCCCACUUUUUGGUAGGAGCCCCUGCUCAAGCAGAGGUUACUCUGUCUGAAAUAGUUCACUUUUUUUUCUCUUUUUAUCCAGGCGUCUCUCUGUAUUUGGUGUUUUUUAAGCAUUCCAGCAGUAAACUGUUUUGUGUUCUCCCCUGCCCUCUUUCCCCUGAAGCUGUAACUGUAAAGAACGUAUAACCGGCCCUAGUUCACACCUGAUGAGUCUGUAGAGUCUGUAUCUGGAACGUGGCUGUACUUCCCUGUCGCUUGUCCCUGUAAAUCGCACUGUUGUCAGUUCCCGUGUAGUUACUCCACUGUACAUGCUGUAAGGACUGUAAAUACCGGACUCGAUUAAACCUUUGUACGCUGUGA